CCGGCGCGCGUCUUGACUGUAGGUCGUUUGACGCGUUCAAGAGAUUUCGCUCACUUCAGGUUUGGUCUGUCAGGUUUCCUGAACCUCAAGUUUGUGAUAUCAUUAGUAUUUGUCUUUUGGUUUCGCUAUUGAACGUAGGUCUGUCACAUGCUUUUAUAGGGUCGUCGGUUAUUUCCUUGUCAUGUAAUUCCUUAUCUACGAUCUCCACACGUGGUACCGUUUGUAUACAGCACAUAGUGCGCUUACUCUAUCACGAAAGUGUGUCGUUUCGAGCUACAGACCAUCUGCUUUGUGUUCUUAUCUCGUUGGAUGGUAUGUUCAUAGGGCAGUGGCAAGCGCGUAAUGAAGAUGGACAUCACAGUAGGUUGUCAAGCAUAUGAUGCAACGGUAAUGAAUCUUGUGUGAUUUGUAAUUUGUAUAAUGGAUUGAGCUGAGGAGUCAGAGUCGUACGAUACUCAUAUUAAUCUUGCUGUCAGGAUUUAACACACCCUAUUCUGAAAUUAAACACCUGACAUACCAUUUUUACAGACUCCUAAGUGUCAGUUGUCUGAAUGGACUUUGGCUUACGACGGCUUCUGUUUUGUGUCUAGUAGAUUACACUAUUGGUCACAAGGUUGUCUCUUUCAUUUGCUGUAGAUCACAUAAGAUGGAUUUUCGUCAACAGAUAGUAUUAUUGGUGAUCUUGCUCACUAUUAACUUUUGCUGGUUUCAUUAUCACUGAAUGAGUACUUUGUGUUCAAUGAAUCUACUUGGGUUAGUUCUUAUUAUGCCCUGGUACGGCCGAGUGGGGAGAGUUCGCUCUCCCUCUCGAAAUGCUCUCACAUGGCCACGUGUAUAUAGCCUCUGCCAGGGAAGUCCUACUCACUGCCUUCUCGUGGCGAGGGUGUUUACGAAAAUGAGAGAACGAAAAGCGAAUGUCCGGCUCUUUAACCGGAUUCUAAACCAAUGGUGCACAUGGGCUACAGUAUCCUGCGAGAACAAAUGGCGUAUGAACCAAUUGUUGGUCACCAGCUUCCAUGGGACUGCAUCUCUAUACGAUGCUCCACUGUGGAUCAGACCUUCAUGUCGAAGGCUCGGGGUGUGGCCCCCUAAGAAAACCACCUACUUCGGUUUAGGCACCCGGGCAGUAUCACAGCCCUCACAUAUAUCGAAUGAGAUUUGUGUAGCGCAUAUGUAUUUGGUGCCUCCUUGUACCAUUAUGUGUUGAAAUAAAAUAAAAAUAAAAAAGUUCUUAUUAUCCUUCAUAUCAUGCUAGCUUGAUAGAGGGUGACCAGCAGCUUUUAUCUACUGUGUUAACAGCUGCAUACCAAUUGGUUAAAGGCGUUUUCUCCAAAAAUAGCUGUCAGCGUUUGUUAUUCCAGAAUCCUACUUCGUGGAUCGAUCACUGACUACUUAUUAUCUUGUAUUCAUAUGGUUAUUUAAAAUAUGCUUAUUAAGUUUUAGAACUAUGCUUUUCUUUUUCUCAGACUCCUUGUUACGCUAUUUGACCUGGCGAACUGGAAUCCCACACAAGAUUAUUCCUUCACUUCUUUACCAAACAAAACCCGUUAGCCUGUUGAUACAGUUCUUUCAACAUGUUUUUGAGGCCAGAGAGUUUAGGUCUACUUUUCUUGAUACUCAAUAUCUCAUGGUCGGUAGAUCGUGCUAAUUUUAAAACAUGUGACCAGAGCUCGUUCUGUACUCGACAACGACAAAUAAAACCCGGGGAACUUGCGCACUGGUUAGAACCAAGUUCUGUCAAGAUAAAUCCAUAUGGAAUAACUGCAGUUAUUUACACUGAAGAUCGAAACCAUUAUCUGUCGCUGGAUGUUACCUAUAAUCAACACUCCAUCUUCCGUGUACUCAUUGAUGAAUUGACAGAUGAGUAUAAAAGGUAUCGCGUGCCUACAGGAGACGUUUUGCCAGGCGUUGAAAAGGCCCCUGUCAGGUGUAAAUUUGCUGAGAAUAGUUUAGUGUUGGAUGGACAGUCUGGAUACAAGGCAGUCGUGUACUAUAACCCUUUUCAUAUCGAUUUUUUCCUGAAUGACAUUGUUGUAGCAUCAGCAAAUAAGAGAAGUCUUUUAAAUUUUGAACAUCAGAGGAAAAAACCGAUCAUCGAUAAAAAUACGGUGUCUCAAAAUGACAACCAUACGUUACCAAGUGAAAAUCAUGAGGUUGAUAUUUCUACUCUAAAUAGUUCCGAAGAUUCUUCAGGAAAUACAGAUGUACCAAAAGACCCUACUACCGAUGAAGACAAAGAAGAUGAAAAACAAGGUCAUAUAGGUACAGAGCACACAGUUCCGGAAGAUCAGUCAUGGUCAGAAUAUUUCAAGGAACAUCUUGACACAAGACCUCACGGCUUAAACUCUAUCUCGAUGGAUUUCGACUUUCAGGGAUUCAGUCACGUCUAUGGGAUCCCAGAACAUGCUGAUGGAUUCGUUUUGAAAACUACAAGUGAUGGCGACCCCUACAGACUUUAUAAUCUUGAUGUAUUCGAAUAUGAGGUCCAUAAUAAAAUGGCCUUAUAUGGCUCUGUCCCUGUUAUGUGGGGACACAAUCAAAACAAUACUGUGGGUAUCUUGUGGCUGAAUCCGUCGGAGACAUGGAUCGACAUUGAUCACUCGAACUCACAAAAUGGCGGAAUAUUUUCAGGUUUCUUUUCGAAGAAACCAGAGAAAUCUUCAGUACAAACGAGAUGGAUAUCUGAGUCCGGCUUAGUAGAUUUAUAUGUGUUUAUGGGUAAUACUCCAUCUGAAGCAAUGCGUUCUUAUGCUAGUGUGGUAGGUACUACCAAGUUACCACCCCUGUUUGCGAUUGGUUAUCAUCAGUGUAGAUGGAACUAUAAUGACGAAGCUGAUUUACUUUCUGUGGACAAACAUUUUGAUGAAUAUGAAAUGCCUGUUGAUGUUUUGUGGUUAGACAUUGAACACACUGAUGGAAAACGUUAUUUUACUUGGGAUAGAACUAAAUUUCCAAAUCCAAAAGAAAUGGUUGAUAAACUGAAUGUUAAAGGUCGAAAGCUCGUUACGGUUGUUGAUCCUCACAUUAAGCGUGACUCGAAUUGGCCUUUAUUCAGUAAUUCCCAAAAUAAUGGGAUUUUCGUCAAAACUCGAGAUGGGACCGAAUUCGAUGGUUGGUGUUGGCCUGGAUCUAGUGCUUGGCCUGAUUUCACUGAUAAAUCUGUUCAGCAGUGGUGGUCAAAUCUAUUCCUUACUUAUGAACCUGUUUGCAAAGAUUCCAUGUUUACCUGGAAUGAUAUGGGUGAACCAUCAGUUUUUAAUGGCCCUGAAGUCACUAUGCAUAAAGAUGCUAAGCAUGCAGGUAAUUGGGAGCAUCGUGAUGUACAUAACUUAUAUGGGUUAUAUGUACAUAAGUCAACUUGGGAUGGACUCAUGUUGAGGUCGAACGGCAUAGAACGUCCUUUUGUGUUGACCCGUGCGUUUUUUGUUGGUUCACAACAGACAGCAGCUGUUUGGACUGGAGACAAUACUGCUGAUUGGUCACACUUAAAGAUUUCAACUUCUAUGCUUCUCAGCAUGUCAGUCGUGGGGAUAACCCUAUGUGGAGCUGACGUGGGAGGUUUUUUCGGCAAUCCAGAUUCUGAGUUAUUGACAAGAUGGUAUCAGGCGGGUGCUUAUCAACCAUUCUUCAGAGCUCAUGCACACAUAGAUAGCAAACGCCGUGAACCUUGGCUAGUGGCUUCGGAAUAUAUUGAUCCCAUUCGAAAGGCAAUACAAGCUCGCUAUCAAUUACUUCCAUACUGGUAUACAUUGUUUGCUCGUUCGGAAGCAAACGGUCAACCAGUUAUGGCACCAAUGUGGUUUCAUUUUCCUAAAGAUGUGAAUACGUAUGGUUUGGAUGAUCAAUAUAUGAUUGGAGAAGCUGUGCUUGUGAGUCCUGUCACUGAUCAAGGUGCAGGCUAUGUGCAGUUAUAUUUUCCAAAGGGAACAUGGUAUCAUUAUCCAUCGCUUGAGGUAUUUGAAGGUGGACAGUUGACACAAUAUCCAGUAACGAUAAAUUCCAUACCUGUAUUUUAUCGAGGUGGGUGGAUUAUACCACGAAAAGAGCGUAUACGUCGUUCUUCAUGGCUUAUGCGUAGUGAUCCCUAUACAUUUGUUGUUUGUUUGGACCCUCAGAAGCCUGAUGCUGUUGGUUAUAUAUACAUAGAUGAUUUCCAUUCAACUUCUAAAUCAAAUGCCCAGUUUUUCAAAAUUAUUUACCAACGAGUUGUUGACCCAACGGGUGCAGGUGUGCAUGGUGGACGAUUGCGCUUACAACGUUUACCAUUACCAGGUGAAACUUCCAUAGUACUACCUAAAGAUGAUGUUUUUAUACCGAAAAUUGAACGCUUUGUUAUUGUUGGGUUCAGUAGUCCCUUGGAAAGAAUUACUGUGAUCGAUGCCCAUAAACCACGAAGAAAUAUAGGGUUUUCCAUUACUCCGUCCUCUGUUUUUUCUGCUGGUUUUAAACACGUACCACGCAUUGUCGUUGUUCGUAAACCUGAUCUUUCAUUAAAUGAUGAAUGGGAAGUGCAUUUUGUCACAGGGAAAGAAUCCAGGGAUGAUUUGUAAAUGAUAGUUGAUAUCAAUCCUAUUUCUUCAACAUAGUACUCUCAUGUGUAUAUGAUUUAGCUCCAAGUUAUCUUGUUUUCUAAAACACUUGCUCACUUCUAAUUUUUACAUCAUUUCUCUCCAUCCCUUCAAAUGUGACGUGUACUCUUACCUGUCUGUUUGUUUUCUUUUCACUUUUCAUCUCGUUUUUUCCUGUUUUUAGCGCAUCUUUCUCAGUUCCCUUUUUCUAUUUUGUCAUUGCGUCUGUGUUUGAAUGUAAACAAAGAAUUUUCUCAUUGCUUUUAUGUAUGUUUUUAUUUUAAAAAGUGAAUUUGUUUAGUUAAGAUAGAAACCUUUUUGAAUCUAUAAUGGGAUCGUCAAAAGAUUUAGGUGCAUAUUCAUAUAAAUUGCUUAACCAUUUACCUCCAGACAUUACUCAUUUGUCUCAACUCUGUGAUUGGAAUUGUUAAGUAACACUGAGUAGUAUAAUCACUAGAAUAUAAUGGCCUGGUAAACCUUAUAUUAGCACUGAGUUUGAAAGAACGCCUAACCGAACUUAUCUUAAAUAUAAACUUAUUUCCAAUAUGAAAAUUAGUGUAUUUAAUGUCAUAUGCUUAGAUCAAAUCAUCUGGUGUAACAUCACAACCACAUAAACCAAAAAGUGAAGCACUACAAAGGUACAUCUGUGAGUGCCUCCAAAUGCCCUAAUACGGCCGACAGUAGGGAGUUCACUCUGCCGGCUCGAAAUGCUUUCACAUGGCCAUGCGUAUAUAGCCUCUGUCAGGGAAGUCCUACUCAUCGCCUCGUGGCGAGGGUGUUGUUUACGAAGUUGAGAGGACGAAAAGCGAAUGUCCGGCGCUUUAACCGGGUUGGUGGACAUGGAGAGUCCACCUAGGGGAGUUGGAAAACCCUGAUUCCAAACCAAUGGUGCACAUGGGCUACAGUAUCCUGAAGGAACAAAUGGCGUAUGAACCGAUUGUUGGUCGCCGGCUACCAUGGGACUGCAUCUCCUCACGAUGCUUCACUGCCUUGUGGAUCAGACCUUCAUGCCGAAGGCUCGGCGUGUGGCCCCCUAAGGAAACCACCUGCUUCGGUUUGGGCACCCGGACAGUAUCACAGCUCUCACACAAAUCAAAUGGGAUUUGUGUGGUGCAUAUGUAUUUGGUACCUCCUUGUACCAAUAUCUAUGUGUUCAAAUAAAAUAAUACAUCUAUGAGUUAUACAUACUAUGAGGCUUAAACCAAAAAUGGUCUUUAGGCUAGUGGGAAAGUCAUCACCUAUUCGUCUAAAUAUUGAUACAAUUAGUGCUAAUAACAUUAGUGAUUAUACACUAAAGUGUAAUUGAUUGAUUACAGGUGGAAAACAACUAGGAUUUCGAGUGAACCUGUCACUUAUUAGCAAAACUAUUUCAUAGAACCCCGGUAUUACUCACCUCAGUGAUUGAUUGAUCAUAUGAACUUGUCAGAAAUAUUCCACAGGAAGUAAGUUUUAUAAAUCCUUACCAUUCUUCAUUUGUGUAGUACCACUUUUUACAAACACUGAUGUUGAUCUAAAGACAACCACAAAUCAUCUGUACUUCGAAAUUAACUAGAUAUCAAGUUCAAAACACACAUGCUUUUGAUCAUAUUCCAGUAUGGGCAGGGUUAUUCACAGUUCAAUUAUUUUCACUCCAUAUAGCAUUUAGAUGACAGGUUAUCCACAGAGGAACCCCUAUUGAAAGACGAUUCCUUUCUUUAAGAUACCAGGAUUAAAGCACUUAAAAGUAACGUAGUUUUAUAGGGUCAGUGACAGCCUUUUUCUACCACGACAUUUUUAAAAAUAGACAGGCUCUGCCUACGAAUGUCAUCACAAUGCAUUGGGUUUAAUGCUGAGUGAAAUAGGGGAUUACGAAUACGAAACCCGGUUUUCGUUUAUCAUUAUGUAUUCGAUCGUUCUCCUUUCUGUUAUUUUUCCACCUACUAGUCUGUUCAAGUGUAGAAUCAUGUAGUGUCAGUUAUUAUGGCAAGCCCAUGUACCUUAAUUCUAACUUCCGGACAUCCUAUUUUAUUCAUUUUACUUGAGCCAUAUUUUGACCUUGUCAAUUAUUCGCUUGUCAGUCUUGACUGUUUUUUAUAUGAGUGUACAUUUCAUGUCACAUGAUUCAUUGUAUGUCUGUAGCUUAUUUUGUCUGCCUAUAAAUACUGAGUAACACUUAAUUAAAAGGGAGUUGGCUUCCCAGCCAUCCUCCCUGUGCGUCAUUUUGCUUGGCUCUGUUUCAUUCACUUCAUAUACGAAAUAUAUGUAUUCACAAAUC